UCAGGAUCACACAACAGUAAUGAAUGGAAACGCGUCGUAGCCAAGAAAGUUGUGCAGCAGCUAAAAGUAACUAGUUCAGCGUUUGAAACUUAUCUGUCGCAGGGGGGGAACCUGUCGGAAGAAAUGGAUUGGCCAAGCGAAUUAGAAACUACUUCAUGGAAGAGAAAGCAGAUGUACUUUCAUGACUUUUGAAAGUAAAGAGUUUUGAAGGGAAAGUACAGUGGGACACACUGUAAACGUAAACUCGUGAAUACGCUUAAAUGGCAUUUUGGGACGGUGAUACGAUACGACUGGACUGUCAGCGUUUUAUCUCGGUGUGGAGAAGUGGAUUAUUUGGAUUCAUCCGUUAAUCAAACUGUUGGAAUAUUUUUUGGAGAUUUUUUUUAACUUGGAUUACUAUCACUGAAAGAAGCUGAAGGAUUGCUGAGUUUUCAAAGCUGACAAGGGGAUCCAGUAGUGCUGCUGGAAAAUGGGUAAUAUAGAAAGCGUGGAUGGCCAGUCGGAGAUGAAGCAUCACAUCAUGCCUCUGAAAGUGCCCAUGCCUGACCCCACCGAGCUGGAGGAGAAAUUUGCCAUUGUUUUGAAUUCUAUGAACCUGCCUCCAGACAAAGCCCGGCUCCUCAGACAGUACGACAAUGAGAAGAAAUGGGACCUGAUCUGCGACCAGGAGAGGUUUCAAGUCAAGAAUCCACCUCACACUUACAUCCAGAAGCUAAGAGGAUACUUAGACCCUGGAGUCACACGCAAGAAGUUUCGCAGGCGGGUGCAGGAAUCUACAAAAGUCUUGAGGGAGCUGGAGAUAUCGCUGAGGACAAACCACAUCGGGUGGGUCAGGGAGUUCCUCAAUGAUGAGAACAGAGGUCUUGACGUUCUGGUGGAGUACCUCUCCUUUGCCCAGUGUGCUGUCAUGUUGGAUUUUGAGGGCCUGGAGAAUGGGGAGGAUGGCUUCUUGGACAAGGCUAAAUCUUGGAGCAGGUCUAUAGAGGAUCUGCACCAUACAAGCAGCCAACCCUUCUGCAACACACUGGUGCGCUCUGCUCGCCAGUCUGUCUUCCGCUAUGGCUCAGUCUCGAACAGCAAAACCAUCAAAAACUCCCGCCUCGUGAGCCAAAAAGAUGAUGUGCAUGUGUGCAUCAUGUGCUUGAGAGCAAUCAUGAACUACCAGUAUGGCUUCAAUAUGGUCAUGUCUCAUGCACACGCAGUCAACGAAAUUGCUCUCAGCUUGAACAAUAAGAACUCACGGACAAAAGCUUUAGUCCUUGAGCUGCUGGCUGCCGUCUGUCUAGUCCGAGGAGGUCAUGAGAUCAUCCUUUCAGCAUUUGACAACUUCAAAGAGGUGUGUAAGGAGAAGCAUCGCUUUGAGAGACUGAUGGAUUACUUCCGCAGCGAGGAGGGAAACAUCGAUUUCAUGGUUGCUUGCAUGCAGUUCAUCAACAUCGUGGUCCACUCAGUUGAGGACAUGAACUUUAGGGUCCAUCUGCAGUAUGAAUUCACCAAGCUGGGACUGGAUGACUACCUGGAGAAAUGUAAACACACGGAGAGUGACAAGCUGUCGGUGCAGAUCCAGGCCUACCUGGAUAACGUGUUUGACGUGGGUGGUCUGCUGGAAGAUGCAGAGACCAAGAAUGCAGCACUGGAGAAGGUGGAGGAACUGGAGGAGCACCUGUCCCAUGUGACGGAGAAGCUGCUGGAGGUUGAGAAUGAAACAAUGAUGAAAGUAGCUGAUCUGGAGAAGCUGCUCCUUCAGAAAGAUAAGGAUCUGCAAGCAAUACGGGAGACGUACGAGUCGACCAACACCCAGGUCAACACCCUAAGGAGGAUGAUCAAGGAGAAGGAUGCCGCCUUCCAGAGGCACUUCAACAUCGAGAGGCGGCUGCUGGAGCUCGAACAGCAGGGCACCAUCCGUUUGCACAAGAAACCUGAUGGAGACAUUUCAAUCGAGCCGCUUGGUGUGGGUGGUAUUGGGAUCCCUCUGGGUGACAUUGGGCAGCUGUCUCUGGGUUCAACAGCAGGGUUAACAGAACCAGGAGGACCAGAUGCUAGUUUACCACCAGCCAGUGAAGCUCCCCCACCGCCUCCCCCACCACCACCACCUCCACCUCCCCUGCCUUCUGCCUCAGGCCUGAGUGCACCAGUCCCACCACCACCACCUCCUCUCGCUCCACCUCUGCCAGAAGCUUCUCCGUCAGUUAUCCUUAGUGUGGGUCUCUCAGCUAUCAGAAUCAAGAAGCCCAUCAAGACGAAGUUCCGCCUGCCUGUGUUUAACUGGACGGCCUUGAAGCCCAAUCAGAUCAAUGGCACAGUCUUCAACGAGAUUGAUGAUGAACGUGUGCUAGAGGAGCUUGAUCUGGAGAGGUUUGAGGAGCUCUUCAAGACCAGAGCCCAGGGUCCAAUUGUGGAUCUUGCAUGCACAAAGAGCAAAGUAGCCCAGAAGGCGGUAAACAAAGUUACCCUCCUGGACGCCAAUCGCUCCAAGAACUUAGCCAUCACUCUGCGAAAGGCUAACAAGACCACAGAGGAGAUCUGCAAAGCAAUAGAGAAGUUUGACCUUAAGGCCUUACCUGUCGACUUUGUGGAGUGCCUGAUGCGUUUCCUGCCCACGGAGGCGGAGGUGAAGGUGCUGCGUCAGUACGAGCGUGAGCGCCGUCCACUGGACCAGCUGGCGGAGGAAGAUCGCUUCAUGUUAUUAUUCAGCAAGAUUGAGAGACUCACACAGAGGAUGAACAUCAUCACUUUUGUUGGGAACUUUGCUGACAAUGUCAACAUGCUCACACCACAGCUCAAUGCGAUCAUUGCUGCUUCAGGCUCAGUCAAAUCCUCACCAAAGAUGAAGAGAAUGCUCGAGAUCAUCCUAGCCUUGGGAAACUACAUGAAUAGCAGCAAGCGAGGCUGUGUUUAUGGCUUCAAAUUACAAAGUCUUGAUCUGCUGUUGGACACUAAGUCUACAGACAGGAAAAUGACAUUGCUCCACUACAUUGCUCUCAUUGUGAAAGAGAAAUACCCUGAACUGGCCAACUUCUACAGUGAAUUGCACUUUGUGGAUAAAGCUGCAGCAGUAUCUCUGGAAAAUGUGCUGCUGGAUGUUCGAGAGCUGGGGAAAGGCAUGGACCUGAUCCGGAGAGAGUGCAGCCUCCACGACCAUUCAGUCCUGAAAGGCUUCAUCCAGGCCAGCGAUGCACAACUGGACAAGCUGCAGAAGGACGCGAAGGCAGCAGAGGAAGCCUUCAACAAUGUGGUGAACUACUUCGGAGAGAGUGCCAAGACGACUCCACCCUCGGUGUUCUUCCCUGUGUUUGUGCGCUUUAUCAAGGCCUACAAGGAUGCAGUGGAAGAAAACGAACAGAGGAAGAAGCAGGAGGAAGCAAUGAGAGAAAAGUUAUUGGCUCAAGAGGCAAAACAGCAUGACCCUAAGGUCCAGGCCCAAAAGAAGAAGCAGCAGCAGCAGGAGCUGAUUGCAGAGCUGCGCAGGCGGCAAGCCAAGGACCACCGGCCCGUGUAUGAGGGCAAGGACGGCACUAUUGAGGACAUCAUUACAGUACUGAAGAGCGUGCCCUUCACAGCCCGCACUGCUAAACGCGGCUCACGGUUCUUCUGUGAAGCCAACCUCUGUGACGACGCCAACUGCUAGCCCUCCCCCCCCCUAAUGCCAAGGUUGUCCAGAUCUCCGAAACCAGCCUUUCCUGCGAGCUGACGCGUUGAUCCGGAGCGGUUGGAAGAGACCCUAAACCACUUAUUCAUCACUUAUACUCCCCUCCCCUUUAUAACUUUCCUCCCUGUGUCCCGAUGGUCCAUCUCAACCCUGAGGCUGCAGAACACAAAGACUGAAAAGGGAGGACAAGACAGAGCCCUUGUUUUAGCUGGGUAAUUUAUUUAUUUAUGGAGGCCCUUAACAGCCACUUUUAAGUGAGCAGGCAUCAUUACAGAACCACAAUGGGUUACUCCUUUCUCACUGUAAACAAAAGACUUACCCUGCUCUGUUGGCACUGAGAGCUAGACCGGUCGGAGGACGGCGACACACAUACAGGUGAGGUGAGUUGAGGACUGGUGGACCACAAAGCAGGAGGAAUGGUGCUUUCAUGAAAAAGUGCCUGCCAACAUGUGGAUCUUAUUCCCAAGAUCGUUAAUUUCCUCAGAUUAUGCAGUCGUAGCAGGACUUAGACUGGGAGGCAGCCAAGGGAAGAUGCCAACACUGCUGCUGAGAUGUUUGCCUCAAAGACACUCGCAAAACCUUCCUCCGAAUAACAAAGAAGCUUCAACAUUAGACAUUUGGAGACUGUUGCUUGACAUUAAGCCAAGUCAACACAUUCAAUCAAGACUCAAUACUGACAGUGGUCUAUUAGAUUAAAAUCGCAUGUAUCUCCGAGGAAAAAAACAUCUAUUCAACAGUACCGGAUCUUUUGGACAAGCUAGCCAAACCAAACUUUCUUGAAUGUCUCAUGUUUUGCUUAAGAAGUGCCUUUUUUGUGUAAACAGUGUUAUUUCUCAUGAGUCAGCCAUACUUAAGUUUAUUUUACAUCUUUCAUUUGUUAAAGAUUGUAUUUUUUAUUGCCUUGUACUUUGACAUUAAUCUUAUGAUAACAACAAUAUGCAAAAGUUGAAAUUUCCAGUUUGAAAAGGCACACAACUAGAAGGUAAGGGGAAUAAUGAUUUUAAGAUUACCCUUUCCUUACCUCUCUAGUACAUAAGUGUCUUAAAGCUUAUCACAUUUGACAUGAAUCAUUAUGUCUUUGUGCCUUGUCCAAGUAAUUGUUAAAAAACAUGAAUGUUAUACGCCCUGACAACACUUUCUGUCACAUUUGAAGUGACAUUUAGGAAGUGACAAAUGUAUGAAGAAGAUUCCACAUGGACUGCUGUAGAAGGGCUGAGAUGAUGUUAACCUGCUAUAGAUGAGGUGAUGGAUGAAGGAUGUUUCCAUUCUUAUGAGGUCUUAUGUUUGAAACUUUUUUUUAUCUUCCAUCUUGAAAGAGAUGGGUUUCCUCCUAACAGCUGUUGAGACUUACAGACUGUUUUCUAAUAUGACAUUGGCACAAAGGGAGCAAUAUGUCUUUACACUACUUAAUUUGGCUUAGAUUGUAUGAGACACUAUUCUUUAAGUGGACAUUUACGUUAAUGUACAUUGAAAUCAAGAAAUUUACUUUUUAGAAGAAAUGAUCCAUGAUAUUGUCUAUUGACUGAAAGAUGACACUUCCUUUUUAAUAAAUAAGAUGAAUUAUGUAACUACAAGAUUUAAGACUGUUUCUUACAAU